AUGCAAGCCGGAUUUGAAAAGGGGCUCAGAAGCUGGCGGAGGUCAUGGGCCAGAGAAGCCUUGUCAGAGUGGGCGGUGGAACCUCGCCGUACGUUGGAUUAUGCGUUGUGCAUCUACGAUCGACAGGCCGCCGGUAAAGCGGCAAAGGCUGCCACUCCAACCAGCGGACGGGAGGCGUGGGUGGCUUGGCUGCCCCAGUUUCACACUUGGCCGGUCUUCUACACCAACCGGCGGGAGGCCGUUGUGGCUCUCUCCGUGCAAUGGCCCGACGAGACCUGGACCAAGCUUUCUGCCGAGGUGCGAGAGAUACUCGAUGGCAGCAUUGCCGGAGAUAGACGACAGGCUUUGCACCCGGACCUGCUGCCGCUUACUGCCCUGCCAGGCCCUAUGCUGCAGCAGGCUCCAACCGUCGAGAUUGAGGGCGCAUCUCCUCAAGAU